AGACUACGGUGUCCAAAUUUCUUGUGCCGGUAGAAUCAGCCAAAUAAUACUUACAUUGUAUCAAAAAAAAGAUACAAUCACUAUGUCUGAUCUACAAAUAUGUAGUUUAGCUUACGAAGGAAAAACUCAACUGUUUCAGCAGAUUCUGAAUGAAAAUCCCCAGUUGGCUGUUAAAAAAGAUCAGGUAUAUAAAACGACUGGGCGAUAAUUCAGACUUAACUUGUUUACAUUCUUCUCAGUCAGGGCGAACAGCUUUACAUUGGGCCUGUUCCGGAGGACAUCACCGUAUAGCUGAAAUCUUAAUAAAUAACUAUCAUGUUAAUAUUGAAGAAGGAGACGAUAGUGGGUGGACACCUCUGAUAAUUGCUGUUUCUGCUGGUAGGGAGGAAAUUGUUGAUUUGCUUUUACAAUGUGGAGCAGAUGUCAACACUACAAACAGUACUGGGCAAUGCUCACUUCAUUAUGCUGCUUCAAAAAAUCGAGAAACAAUUGUUAAAAAGCUAAUUGAGAGAAAAGCCGAUGUCAAUGUUAGAGAUUGCGUUAAUAGCACUCCUCUCCAUAGGUCAGCAUCUAAAGGAAAUUCAACAAUAACAAAACUCCUUAUUGAAUCCAGAGCAACACUGAACCCUCAAGAUACGGGUGGAAAUAGUCCGUUACACGCAGCUUGUGAAGAAGGCCGCUCAAACGACGUAAAACUUUUAAUUGACGCUGGAGCAAAUCCAUAUUUAAAAAAUAAGGACGAACAGACACCGCAUGACAUUGCUGCUAAGAGUGUUAUAAACUUACUUAGUUAAAUCUUUUACUUGAAUGAAAAAUAAAAGCGAAAAGUAACUCUUUUUUCUUGAUCACUUAUAAUAACACUUAGUACGUGAAUACUCGACUGAAAAUUCAAUCGCACCUUAAUACAGCAAUUUAGAGUAAUCAAUAUAGAUCAAACUAGUUUUUCUGAAUUGUUAACACAACGUUAAAUAACCUUCGUCGAAUUGCCAUAUUUACAUAAGACCGAAAACGGUAGUUUGAUCGAGCGACAGUUUCCAUUCAACUUCAAAGUCUUGCUGUAUAUAUUUUCGGAGAAUAACCUUAUCAAUCUAUAUUAUGGCGGUUUACCAAGAAUCUUUGAGGAAGAGUAUGCUAAAACGACUACGUGAAGAUGUUUAUAUGAGUAUUUAUAAUCAGCCAAGGAAAAAGACUUUACCACCUAUCAAUAAAUCACCGAGAAAAUCUAAGAAAGUUUUCAAUUUAAUACCAAAUUUAAUAGUUCCCGAAAACCAAGAAGAAGAAAAUUUCAAUACGGAUAAUGAUUAUAAUCUUUCAAUGCUUCGAACUUUAUCAAUGUCCUCCGCUUCUUCUUCUGCUUCAAACGUCACACAACUUAAAAAUCUUGAUAGAUUAGAAUUUCAAAGGUCAAAUCUCAGCCGACAUAUAUCGGUUGAUUCUUCAAACCACUCAACCCUAAAUCAUAGUUUAAGUUUGUCAAAAAGGCAACUUAAUCGUAGGAAAAAACAGCAAAUGUUGGGGGCAAAAUUUCGCAGACUAAGUCAUUUUCUUGUUGUAUUAUUCAGUGUUUGGAAGCAACAUAGAGAGAGAGUAAAAAAAUUUAUGGAAAAUAAUGUGGAUAUGGUCGAUGUUGAAUCCAAAAAAGAUUUACUCUUUGACGUUACAGCAUUUAAAAUUGACAGCCAAUUGAGAGUAUCGAACGCAACUAGGAGAAUAUUGGCGAAGGAUCCAAGCUCUAGAACAAAAGACGAACUUCAUUAUUUGUUAGUAGCCUUAAGAAAUUAUGAAGCUAUCUCUGAAUAUCCUGUCAGAAUACAGAAAAUGAUGGCAGCAAGAGCUUGGUAUGAAAGAUACGAUUCAAAAAGAGUAAUUAUACGUCAAGGUCAUGUUGCUAAAUGUUAUUAUUUUAUUCUAUCAGGAUCGGUUGUCGUAACUAAAAUGGAAAAUGAAACCGGACAUUCCAAUACCGUCUGUUUUAUAAAUCGGGGAGAUUGCUUUGGUGAUAUUGGUAUUGCUAAUCAGGAAAGGCGUUUAGCUACAGUUAUCUCAAAAGAGAGCAUUGAACUUUUAGUAUUCGAUGAUGAAGAUUUUGUUGAAAUAUUUAUGAGUGGUGGCUUAAAGAAUACAGACGAUCCAUUCUUUAGUAGUGUCGAUUGUUUGAACGGAUGGCCUGUUCAUUUACUUGCCGAAAAUAAGCAUAAUGCUAUGUUGUCUUAUUUCAAAAGAAAAACCGUUCUUAUUCACGACAGCAAAAUCUCUGAUUGGAUUUGUAUUGUGAAAUCGGGCAGUUGUACAGUAUUGAAAAAAUUAAACCCAGUGACAACCGUUUUUAGAAGUAAAAUACAAGCCAAACCUAGCAUAGGGGAUAGCAGAUCUGUCUUAAGCCAACACAAGCUCCUAAUAAACCAAGGAUUUAAACGGCAUGAGGAUUAUUUGGAGAGAACGAUUAGCCUUAAAAAUAGGAUAAGGAGCUUAAGAGAUCUCGAUAUUCCAUGGUUGAAAGCAAUGGUCAUAAGAGAACAGAGUGCUAAGGCCGUGAUCUCAAGGGACGGAAAUGCUUUUCCUACGCAGGGUCCCUUUUUGAGUCAAACUGGACAGAGGAAAGAAGCGAAUAUGUUGGAAAUUUUUAAUGAAUCAGCUAGUCCUGAAGGAAGUAAGAAAACUCUCAUUGACUCACUUAAUAGUCAAUACAUGAAUUCACAGAAUAAUGAUGAUAAGGAUAGGGCUACAGUGUUCGUUAGGGUUCAAGUAUUAACAAAAGGGAAUGUUUUUGGUCUCGCUGAUCUUAUUCACGGGGAACAGACUAGUCUUACUUUGGUUAGCAAUGGAACAGAAUGCAUUUUAAUUAACAAAAGGUUUUAUAUGGAAAAUUUAAAUCAAGCUCUCUGGAGGAGGCUUCGAAGAGAACUCUGUCCUUAUCCAACAGAUAAUGAGCUGCUAGAGGCUUUUUAUUCUUAUAUGAAAUGGCGUAAGAAUAAGAAAAAGGAGUUUCAACGAACUCUGCAAUUUAUCAAAAGAUAAUAAAGUUUAAGUUAUUUUGAAUAUUCGAAAUAAAUUUGAAACUAAAUUAAAUUAAAUAAAUA